AUGGCCCACCGCCCGACGAGCGUGACACCUGUGCCGGGGUCGCGUACACCUCGGCUGACCGUGCUCCCACCAGAGGAAAGGCCCCCGCGGAGGACGGCUCCACCGCCGACGCGCACGUGGUACUGGUUCCAUCCGCUCCCCGCCGAGGCAGCCGGCGCCGACAACGCCGACGACCCGCUCGCCGCGGGCAACGCAGACCAUCCCGACCCGCUCCCCGUCGAGGCAGCCGACGCCAACAACCCGGACCUCCUACUAGCCGACGCCGACGCGGAGGACGAGGACGAGGCCGACAACAACGACCACCUCGACCACCCGCUCGGCGCCGAGGCAGCCGACGGCGACCACCCCGACCUCCCUCUCGGCGGCGAGGAGGCCGACGGCGACCACCCAGACCUCCCGCUCCCCGCCGAGGAGGCCGACAGCGACCACCACGACCUCCCGCUCCCCGCCGAGGAGGUCGACGGCGACCACCACGACCUCCCGCUCGCCGCCGAGGAGGCCGACGGCGACCACCACAACCUCCCGCUCGCUGACGCCGACGCGGACGCGGAGGAAGACGCAGAGGCCGAAGCCGGGGCCGACGACCCCGCCGAGCUCCCCCGGAUGCCCCUCCUGCCGCCGCUCUCCUGGGCCCGCUGCCGGAGCCGUCUUCGCCCCUGGCGUACCAUCCCGCUGCAAUGCCGCUUGAGGAAUUCGAUCAGUGGGGGGCCCCGUCCAUUUGGCGGCAGAGGAGGAGGAGGACGAUGACGACUAGUCGUAGGUGAGGGGAUUUCAUAACCUAACCUUUCCCUUUCUAGAAGAAGCAAGUAGACAUGUUUAUUCAGAUAAUUCAGUUCCUCUAUUUGGUCGUAUUUGCUGCCAGUAAUAUUUUUAUUUGUAAAGCUAGUAAAAAUUAUGGAACUUAAAAUACAAAAUCAGUUGAUUUAUCUCUUCAGCCUUAACAAAAAA